CCACGCACCUUUUACUAACGAAUACUUCCUGAAAGAAGAAGACGGUUGUUGGCGGGAAAACCAAACAUGGCUUCUGUUAUCUAAUAAGUGAAUUAAGUCGGGCUGCUUGUGUUUAUUCUACGGACUAUUCAAAAACUACCCAAGAUGGUUCAAGAAUUUCAUGCACUUCGAUGUUUUUCUUGUCAAACCUUUCAAGUACAGCAGGUGAAAAAGAGUAAUAAAUGGGUAUGUACAGUAUGUGGAGAGAAGCAAUCAGUUAUAAAGGAGUAUGGUCGGGGCAGAGCCGUUGACUGUAGAAAACAUGUCCAGAAGCUGAAUUCUCUGCGUGGAGAGCUGCUGGAGGUGAACGGUGAAAGCGUCUUGUCAAAGUGGGAGCAAGAGGAAGAGGAUGAUAUUGAAGGUGUCCAUGAAGAUCUUGAUAAAGAUAAUGAGUCACAGCAGGGGUUGACUGCUGUUAGCCGCUGGACUAAAUACACUGCUCAAACAGCCGAGGGCCCAAUGGGAGAUGAAGAUGAAGAAGAGGAGAAUGUUUACACAGAAAGAGACCGAUUCAGGAGCCAAGGAAGUAGAAAAAGGAUGAAAAUCUCCACACCAAAGUCUGUUGGUGGCUCUUAUGGUAACAAUGAGGAAGAGGAUGUAGGGUGGACUGGUUGGCGGGAGGUCAAGGGACGAUCGCAUCAGCCACUACAGCCUAAUGGAAAGUUCAAAUCGUGGGAUAAAGGAUAUGCGUCCAAAUAUUCCUGCUCUGGAAGGCCAGAUGAUGUGGCCUCCUGUGCUAGCACACACCUUGCAUCAUCGUCCCCUCAGGAUCUUUGCAGUUACCCAACAGCCUCCACCAGUUCCACAUACACAGUUGCAAACUUGAAUAAAAAGCAGUAUAACACUUCUUAUGAACCUGCAACUGUUGAGGUAAGCAAACAUCUUCCAUUGCUUGGCAAGGAUCCUUCUGCACCAGCUUUUCAGAAGUUUGGUGAAUCCAAGCUUGAGAAGAAAGACUCUAAAUGGAAUAAAUUCCUCACCGUCAUCCCCACUCAGCCGGAAGAUGAAGGCGAUGGUUAUCAAGUCCAUAAUUUGUCUCCUUGCGGUGAUAACACUUUGAUGCCUGAUUCCACAAAAGGACUUGCAGACAUUGGUUCUAAAGAGAGCAGGUGUCGUCUGGAUAUGAAUACAAAUGCUGGUGUUUUGGGGCAGCAGAUGUCUGUUGGUAACAUCAGUGUGGAUCGAAGUUCUUCCAAUCAAACCAACAGUCAUACCUUUACCUCAAAGCCAGCUGGUUUUGAAAAGCCUGUCUGUAACCACACUCUACCGACCAAGAGGCCAUGUCCAAGCCCUUUUUUUAACUCCCUAUUCUUCACAGAUGAAGACUUUGAUGACACAUUUUAGCAUGUUUCAAUUGAAUCCUUCUAUUAGAACAAUCACGACUCAAGGAUGUUUAACAUAGUAAGUGAAAUGUUAUAUUCUCAGUCCAGUUCAAAAUAAGCCAAACACAAUGAAUAUUUUACAGAA